CCAAUGACUAAUCUGCAGUUGGCACAUCAAUUAGCUCCAAAUUGAGCUGAUCACCAAACAUAUAAAACACUCCAAAUUAACAGACCUGAUCACCAAACAUAUAAAACACUCCAAAUUAACCGACCUGAUUGCAGCGCUGAACUCCCCGAACUCCGAAAUGUUCACUCGUUUAUAACCAGUCGUCUUCAAGUCCAAGGCCUCAGCAUCCAAGAUCCCAUCACCAGCACAUCCCAAGAACUCAGAGAUCCAGGAGCUGAGCCACGGUUUGUCAAUGGCAGCGGCGGCAGGAGGAGACGAGGUGAAGCUGCUAGGCGUGUGGGACAGCCCGUUCGUGAACAGGGUGCAGAUCGUGCUGAACCUGAAGGGGAUCAGCUACGAGUACGUCGAGGAAGACCUCCACAGCAAGGGCGAGCUCCUCCUCGCCUCCAACCCGGUCCACAAGAAGGUGCCCGUCCUCAUCCACAACGGCAAGCCCAUCCCGGAGUCGCAGGUCAUCGUGCAGUACAUCGACGAGGCCUGGCGCGGCACCGGCCCGAGCCUCCUCCCCGCCGACCCGCACGAGCGCGCCACUUCCCGGUUCUGGGCCGCCUACGUCGACGACAAGGUUGGGUCACCGUGGUUCACCAUCCUGUUCGCCCGCAAGACCGAGGAGAAGAUGGAGGCGGCAGUGCGGGCCAUCUCGGCGAUGGAGACGCUGGAAGGCGCGUUCGGGGAAUGCUCCGGGGGGAAGCCGUUCUUCGGCGGCGACGGCAUCGGGUUCGUCGACGUUGUGCUCGGCAGCUACCUGGGCUGGUUCGUGGUGAUCGAGAAGAUGAUCGGGGUCAAGCUCAUGGACGCGGCGAGGACGCUGGCGCUGGCCGCGUGGGCUGAGCGGUUCAGGAUGGCGGAUGCGGUAAAGGGUGUCUUGCCUGAAGAUGUCGAUAAAGUGCUCGAGUUUUUGCAGAUGUUCCUUGAUGGCAUGUACAAUGCAUAGCCUCAAGGUGAUGCCUCGCAUGCCAUGUAGGAUCGGAUAUGACGUAAAGUAGGUUUGUAUAGGGAAGCAGAAUCCUCUUCAGGAGGCGGGUGCUUGAAGAGAAAAAACGUGAUCCGAUGACAAAAGUUGAAAAUGUUGGAGUGAAAAAUAGAGAUGCAUGUGUACUGGAGUCUUUAUUUUUUAUUUCUUAAUGAGGCCCACUAGUGAUAGCUUACAUUGGAGAGGAAAAAUGAAUGUAGGUGCUUCAAA